AUGUCUAACUUUUUCAAGAAAUUGAAGGAACGGGUCUGUGGGCCAUUUAAAGGAUUAAGUGAAUGGGAAAUUGCUAUCUGCUUAUUCAGGUUUUUUUCCUCCUUUGUCAUUCUACUUAUUGUAGCAGUUUUAACAUUAGGUCCCUGGAUUAAUCCGAAUCAUCUAUAUUUAGGGAAAUUCAACACAGUUUCAUCCGAUAUUUCUAAAGGGCUUUAUCAAUAUUUGAAAACAAGUGUUGAAUCAUUAGAAGCAUCUCAAUUUCAAGAUCAUUUGGGAUUAACAACUUCAGAACUAUUCACUUUAACUAACUAUGCAUCAAGCAAUGUCCAAGACUUGCCUUUGUAUAUUACAUCAUCAAUGUAUGGUAAAUGUGAAACCAGAUCUGGUAAUAUGACAAGAAAAAUAAUUGAUGGAAAUAUCUAUAUUACCUAUAAUGAUAUAUAUAAUAAAUGUGAUUUCGAAGGUCUUGGUUAUGUCUUCAAUUAUAGAGAACUAUUAUCAGAUAUGGGCUUAGAAUUGUUAUUAUCAUACGCAUACAAAUCAAAUAUUGACAAGGCAAUUGAUCAAAAUGUAUCGUAUUUAUGUUAUAUUGGUCGUUCUAGUGACAGAAGAGCCACUAUGAUGUGUUUACUGUUCAUAGCAGGUGCUCUAGAUAUUAUUAUUCUGAUACUGACGAUUAUAUAUUAUACUGUUAAAGAUAAAUCAUUAAAUUUAACAAAAGAAAAUAUACUAAUACACACAAUAUCUUUUCUUUCAUUUAUUUUAUGUAUUGAUGGUAUUUUAUGUUCUGUAUUUUUAAUGGUUUUAGAAAUUAAUUUGAGAUCGAAAAUUCAAAAAGAAUUAUCGAUGUUUGGUAUAUCGUAUCGUAUCGGAAAACCUUGGUAUGUUCUAUUAUUUUUUAUGGCAGCUUUUGUUACCAUCUCCUGUAUAUUAUGGGCAGGUUUAGAAUGGUGUAUGUCACCAAAUAUUUCUAAUUCACAUGUUAGUGAAAUUGAAGUUAAUAUAUUAAAUUAUAAUGAAACGGAGGCUCCAUAUGAAGAUAACGUAAUUAAUACUGGACCAACAUUUGUGGAUAAAUUGAAAAUUCAUAGUAAUAAUUGUAUAAAUACUGUCAAAGAUGACAAAAUAGGUGCUAGAAAUGCCUUAAGUUUUCUUCGUAAUAAAACAUUUGAAACAACAAAUAUUUCUUUCCAAUCUGAUAAGGUUGAACCAUUCAAGUCUGAAAAUGAUAAUAAAGUAUCUACAGAAGCAUAUGAAUUACAUGAUUUAGCAUCCUCUUUUUCAAUAGAAAGAGAACCUGAAAUGAUUAUAGAAGGCGACCUGAAUACAACUUUUAGUCUCCGAGAAUCUCCAGAUGAUGCAAAUAGUGAAACUAGAAGUAUAUUAAGAAUUGUAAAACCUGUGUCAGCAAUUCCAUUCUAUUAG